AUGGCCGAAGCAGACCGUUUCCUCGAAAGCGUCAGUAGGGCCUAUGGUGCACCGCCCACUCUCGAGAGUCGACUAGGUCAGUAGUACUCUUGGCAUCACCUAUCGGGUAGGAGAGUGACCCUUCUUCACCUCUUUCCCCCUUCCCCCCCUUCCCCCCUUCUACCCUUUCGCCGCUCUCCAUCACAUCCUACAUUCCACACACCACACACCACACACCAACACCGCCCACCGCCCACCUCCACUGACACACUACUUUGAUUGCGCCCAGACCCACCCUCUGACCGUCGUCACUCGUCCUCUCGCCGGUCCCGUUCGCCUCACGCCGACUCGUCCUCCCGCCGUUCCUCGCACCGCAGGGACGACGAACCCCACUCGUCGUCGUCGCUGUCCCGUCGUCGCGAAAGAGACCUCUACGAACCUUCUGCCGCCGAAUACGACCGUCAUCGUGGGGAACGAGAUCGGGAUCGGGAUCGGGAUCGGGAUCGGGAUAGGGACCAUCGUUCGGACCGAGAUCGCGAUCAUCAUCAUCGUGACGGGAGGGAGGCUCGUAGGGAUUCGGAGCGCGAUCGGGACUAUCAUCGUGAUUCUCGCCCUCGUUACGACGACUACGACGACCAUCGUCGAGGAGAUCGAGACCGAGACGAUCGACGAAGGGGACCCCCUCCCCCUUCUCGAAGGUACGACGACGGUCGACGAGGUGGUGGUUAUGGUGGGGGAGGAGGAGCAGGACGCCGCGAUGAAGACCGCGGCAACGGCGGUGGAGGACGCCCUACGAAUCGAGGCGGUCGAGUCUUUGAAGGCUUCGCCAGUCCUGGAAGACGGUCGCCGACGCCCGAGCACGUUCAGCCCAUCUCGAAACGCGUGCGCGGCAAGUCUGGGUGGGACAUCAAGCCCCAAGGCUUUGAGAACUAUACCGCCGAGCAGGCCAAGAUGACUGGUCAGUCCUUGUGCGCUCCUCACUUCGCACGAACCUGCAAGAACCAACUCUCGACCUUUCUCUGCUCUCUUCACAGGCCUCUUCAACCUGCCCGGUCAGAAUCGUCCCCCCGUGCCCUUCAACCCCAAUGGUCCUCCUGGACCGAUGGGUGGUCCUAUGGGAGGCAACAUGCCCCCCCUCCACUUCCGUCCAGGAGGGAUGCCCCAAAUACCCGGCCCCAUCGGUUCGUUCGCGCGUCAGUCGCGUCGAUUGUACGUCGGCAACGUCACUCUCGAAGCCACGGACGAAGCGAUCGCGCACUUUCUCAAUUCGAAAAUGGCCGAAAACAACCUCCUCUCCGAUGGUCAUUUGGGCGAGGAUCUAGCCGGCAUGAACGUCAAAGGGGACCAGCCCGUCAUUUCCGUUCAUCUCAACUAUGAAAAGAACUACGCCUUUGUCGAGAUGCGUAACGCCGAAGAAGCGACCGCAGCGCUCCAAUUCGAUGGCAUCAUCUUCCAAAACUGCGCGCUCAAGAUUCGCCGUCCUAAAGACUACCAAGGCGCAUUGGACGCCACGGCCGAACCACCGCCCCAUGUCCCCGGUGUCGUAUCGACGAUGGUCCCUGAUACGCCGAAUAAGAUCUUCAUCGGCGGGUUGCCGAGUUACCUCAAUGACGACCAGGUGAUGGAAUUGCUCAAGUCGUUUGGCGAGUUGAGGGCCUUCAACCUCGUCAAAGAAGCGGGGACGGGACAGUCCAAGGUCAGUACUGACCUCUCCCCACUCUGUUUUUGGUCGGGCAAAACGCUCAAGUGUUCAACUCGAUCAUUUUUUCGCAGGGGUUCGCCUUCUGCGAAUACCUCGAUCCCAGCAUAACCGAAGUCGCAUGCCAAGGUCUCAACGGGAUGGAACUCGGUGAUCGUUUCCUCGUCGUGCAACGUGCCGCAAUAGGUCAACGCCACGGACCACCUGGAUUCGUUCCUGGAGGACCGCACGGUCCCGGAACGGGAGCGAACCAAUUCGCUCCCGGUCUCGCCCCCGGUCCGAACGCCACGCCUUCGAUCCUCGCCGCCGCGCAAAGUUCGGAAGUGAACCCUACCAAAGCUUUACAAAUUCUCAACAUGGUCGCGCCCGACGAAUUAACGAACGAUCAAGACUAUACCGAAAUUCUCGAAGACGUGCGAGACGAAUGCGCCAAGUUCGGUACGGUACAUCAAGUACGCAUCCCUAGACCGAUCAUCACUUCGACAGGUCGAGUCGACGUCAAGGCUUCGGAAGCGGUCAAGGAUUUGGGUAAAGUGUUCGUCUUGUUCGACGCGAAGGAACAGACGACCGAGGCUAUGAAGGCGAUUGCGGGUAGGCAGUUUGGUGGGAGGGUGUGCAUUUGCGCUUAUGCGGAUGAGGAAAUCUUUUUGGAGGAGUGA